AUAUUAACGAAUAGUUGUAAUAUUUCCAUGGUGACGCGGAGCCCCGCCUCUCGACGACGACGCAGCUCCACAUAGGCACCGUAAAGGAGUGGGGCAGUGUCGCAAAAGCAGCGAUGAGGGAAAUAAAUAAAUAAGGAAAUAAAUAAAUAAAAUAAUUAAUUAAUAAAGCCAGGAGGGAGAGAAGCGGGUUUAGGCCGCGCUGCCCGUCCGAGCCGCGUUCAGGGCAGCGUCAGUGAGCGGUGAGGAGCGUUGCUGUAGGGUUUAUGUUGGCGGCGCUGCCGGAGCUCCAGGCUCAGCGCUGCGGUUGGUUCGGUCGGUCCGGUCGGUUCUGCUCUCCUCCGGAGGAAAACAGCGCGGAGCCUCGUCCCCCUCCGUCCGCCUGUCUGUCCGCCGCUUUCGGUUCUGUUGUUUUACUGACUCCUGGUCGGUCGGACUGUCGGACUCUGAUGCGGAGCUGACAGCUUCUCCUCCAGUUGUGCAGUCCGAGGGAAGAAGGGGACAGACGGACAGAAAAAGGAAAAUAUUAGCCUUAAACGGACAGGAAGAGGUCAAAUUCUGACCCCAAGCAGGGCAUGUGGUAUUGCACACAGCACACAGCUUCCUGCCACCAGGAACCUUCAUACUGGGAAAUAUCCGGCGGAUCUGGGAUUCUAAUCCCCGGAUGAGGCAUCUACUCACCUGUCUUCAGUCUGAAAUUCUGUACGCGAUGUGGAAGCGGGGGCACUAACCUGGUGUGUCAUUGCUGUCCCUGCGUGCCUGCAGAAUGGCAUCCAGCGAGAGACUGUACGAGGUUUGGAUGUUGUACUGCAAUAAGAGGGAUCCUGAUUAUCUGAGGCUGUGGUUGGAGAUCUUUAUCGGCUCGUAUGAUCGGUGCCUGGAUGUGGAUUUUGAGAAACCGCCAAGCAGGUUGGAGGAGGUUCCACCUGUCCUCUCGCUGCUUCCGGAUAACAUCCUCCAGGUUUUGCGGGUGCAGCUGCUGCAGUGUGUGCAGAAGGCCUCGGCUGGGCUGGAGCAGGAACAGCAGCAUCUCGCUCUGCUGCUGCUCAAAUUCCUUAUCAUCAUCUGCAGGAACCUGUCUAAUGUAGAGGAGAUCGGCACCUGUUCCUACAUCAAUCAAAUUAUCACCAUGACAACGCUCUACAUCCAGCAGCUGAAGAGUAAGACCAAAGAAAAGGAGCUGGCUGAUCAAACUCAAGCCGAGGAGUUUGUUCGUCAUGCUCUGGCCUUCUGUGAGAGUCUUUAUGACCCGUAUCGCAACUGGAGACACAGAAUACACAGGCAGCAGCUAGGCACCGUGGAGAAAAGCAGACAGAAGUUUAAAGCGGCUCCCCUCACUGUGGAAUUUGUCCCAUUUUUCUACCAGUGUUUCCAAGAGAGCGAGCACCUGAAGGACAGUCUGAAGUGUUGUCUUCUGCACCUGUUUGGGGCCAUAGUUGCUGGAGGGCAGAGAAAUGCUCUGUUGGCGAUCUCUCCUGCCACUCUGGAGGUGUUGUUGGCUGUGCUGGGGGACAGUGAGUGUAUGGGUGGCGUUGGUGAUGGAGAAGAUUGGGACAGUGAGGCUCCGGACCGUAAGGCCCUGCUGACCCUCGCCUGCCUGCGCGAGGUGGUGCACAGCCUGUUGGCCAGCAGCUCUGACCAGCGGCAGGUGGAGAUCAGCUCUGUGCUUGAGAGCUACUUCAAACUGCUUAAUUCUGACCCUGCUGCCACUGCGCAGGCCAAAGGUCGCCCGGCCCCUCCUCGCUCACGGCACUGGGAGAGCCGCUUUGUAGCCCUGCAGGUGAAGAUGCUGGAAACUAUCCAGGACAUGUUUGAGUGUUCAGAUCGGCCCGUCCUGCAGGCCAUCUUUCUCAACAGCAACUGUUUUGAGCAUCUGACGCGUCUGCUGCAGAACAGCAAGUUGGUAAAUGCUAGGUGCACUUCAGCAGACAAGGAGCAGAAAGAUUUAACCAACAGGUUACUGACAGGAGAGAGUGAGACCCAGGUGUUCCAGGGGAGGCUGGACUCUCUCGCUGUGGCAACAAUCAAGGCCCUUACGACAGUGAUGCACAAAUCACCAGCCGCCAAGGAGGUGUUUAAAGAGAGGAUAGGAUACACGCACCUGUACGAGGUGCUCGUCUCUCUGGGUCAGCCGUCCAGACACCUUCUGAAGGAGCUCAUGAACAUGGCGGUUGAGGGUGAGCACUCCUCCGUGGGUUUGCUGGGCAUUAGUAAUGUUGACCCUCUCCUGCUGCUGAUCCAGUGGCUGCCAGAGCUGGACUCCUCCGAGCUGCAGAUAUUCACCGCUGAUUGGCUGCGGCGGAUCUGCGGCCUGAACCGGCGCACGCGGGCCACCUGCGUAAACGCCCGCAUGUCCAUGCGUCUGCUGUCCACGCUGGAAAAGCACACGCGGCUCCACCGGGCCUGUGGGGAGAGCCUGGUGGCCCUGCUGGGGUCACUCGGGGGUCAGUCUCUGAGCGGCUCUGAACUUCACCAGCUGCUCAGUUUCCUCCGGCAGGAUGACCCCAGCAGGCCACAUCCGUACGUAGGCCCUGUGCUGCGCUCCCUGCUGGCCAUGCUGAGGAAGCACGGCCUGGACAGCGCCAUGCAGUACUUCGACAUGACUCCACCCAUGGCUGGCAUCGCUGUGCCGACGGUCAGCCGCUGGCCAGGCUUUGCAUUCAGCUUCCUCGCGUGGCUGUCAUUGGAUCAGGAUCAGCUGGGACCACCCAGUAAAGGAGAGAAGAGGAAGCAGUUGUACAGUUUUUUCACCCCAGGAGGAACAGGCUUUGAGGCCUUCAUCAGUUCUGCCGGAGCGCUGGUUGUGGCUGUGUGCAGUAAGAAGGAAUACGUCACCGUCAUGCUGCCCGACUACUGCUUCUGUGACUCACUGUGGCACUUUAUUGGUGUUGUCCAUGUUCCUGGGAAAAGACCAUUUGGGCAGAGUCUGGUCUACAUCUAUGUUGAUGGCCAGCAGAAGCUUUCAGCACCUCUGAAAUACCCAACCAUGACUGAGCCCUUCACCUCCUGUUGUAUCGGCUCUGCUGGUCAUCGCACCACCACUCCCCCUCCUUCUCAAAUUCCUGACCCCCCACUCUCUGACGCCCCCUCUGGCCGCUCCUCUCUGGGCAGUAUCCUGUCCCCACAGACGUGGGGAGGGCUUUUGGGGGGGAAGCCUGAGUCCCUCACUAAGCUGAUCUCCGCAGGGACGCAGGACAGCGAGUGGGGCAGCCCGACUUCACUUCAGGGCCAACUGGGCAGCGUGAUGGUGUUCCACGACGCACUGCAGACCAAUCACGUCAAAGCCCUGUUCAGCGCAGGGCCGAAUUGUAUUUCCCCAUUUAAAAGCCAGGAGGCGGAGCUGGGAGAGCUUUCCUCUAAACUCCUCCUGCACUACUCUCCUAAGGCCUGCCGGAACCCCAUCUGUUUGGACCUGUCGCCCAACCUGCUGCAUGGCCGCCUAACAGGGAACAAAGUGGUCAACUGGGACAUUAAGGAUAUGAUCAACUGUGUCGGAGGGCUUCCUGUGCUUUUCCCCAUCUUGGAGCAGUUGACCCUGCUGACCCCCGACCCUGCUGACACCUCAGGGUCGGAGUUCAUCACCCCGGAGACUGCCACACCUGCUGAUGGAGACUGGGUCAUACUGCCUUCCAACAGAGCCUCAGAGGCCCGUUUGGAGAAGAACCUUGCAGCCACAUUCCUGUUGGUGGUAAAGCACUUUCUGCAGAGACACACGGUGAACCAGGAAACGCUGCUGCACUGCCAUGGAGCGGCUACGCUGGGGGCGCUGCUGCAGAAGCUGCCUGCGUGGCAGGUGGAUGUGAGUGUGUUAGUUGCGGUACAGUUGCUGAUUGAGCAGGUGACGUUUGAGAAGAACCCGCAUCUCUUGCAGCAGCUUCACACACACCUGCUGUUCAACUUCAACAUCUGGAACCAAGGAGACUUUCCCCUGCGCAUUGGUCACAUCCAGUACAUGUCCACCGUCAUCAAAGACAGCAGGAAGCAGUUCAGGAAGAGAUACGGAGUCCAGUUCCUGCUGGAUACAAUCCGCCUUUACUAUGGCAGUGGCAACAGAGAGGUGGAUCUGAGUGAGGACGACAUUCGCACCAUUAGAGCGUCUCUAUGUGGCCUUCUGAAGUAUUACAUCAGCAAAGGCACGACCCAGGAGGAGAUCCAAAGCAUUCUGGGAUACAUCGCUGCUAUUGGAGAUGAUGAGCAGCUGUGCAGUAUGUUGGAGCUGUUGCUGACGCUGCUCCAGACGAGUGCUGCGCGGGACCAGCUCUUCCUCCUGCUGUUUGAGCCUGGAGCGGCGGACUCUUGCUACGCCCUUCUGCUCAACCACAAACACACUGACCGCCUCCGCGAGCUCGUCUUCAAGGUGUUUGAGCGGAUGCUGAAGUGUGACCGUGUGUAUGAGAAGAGUAAGCAGCGGUUGAGGCUGAGGGAGGUGGGAUACUCUGGCCUUACACUCCUCUUCUCCGACCUCCAGAUCACCCCCAGUCUCGUCAAGUGCCUCAUUAACCAAGUGCUGCACACAGACACUGUGGUGAACUAUAAGGACCUGAUGGCUCUCGUGCAGCUGACCCAUCGGGCCGGGCCCAGCGUCCGCCUGCUCGUCUGUAAGAGGUUGUACUCUCUGCUCCAGUCUCAGUCAGAUGCAGCGCUGCAAAUUUCUCGUCAGCUGUGCUGGCAGGACACUCUGAUGCGCUUGUUGGUCCGGAGUCCCGGGACUGAGGGGAGCACGAGUUCGUGCCGGGCCGAUUCGGCCAGCCUGGGCAGCCUGGAGCUCGGCCGCAGCAGCGGGGGAAACAGGCUGGAGCCUCCGCUGGACCGGAGGACACUAUCGAGCAGCGAGGGGAAGCUGAAUGAUGAGAGAGACAGCGUUUCGGAUAGCAGGUCUAUAGACAGCCUGGACAACGGAGACAUGCUGUCCCUCACUGAGACACCAGGGGACGCUCCCUUUAAUUAUUAUGUAAAUAAAUCCCCCAAGGCUGGGAAAGCCGGGGCCUUGAGUUUGGACCUGUCCCAGAUGCACCUGUUCGAUCAGGGGGACAGCGGGAGUCAGACCCCCGGGAGCAUGCCCAGUACACCUUCACCGCUGGAGAACGCCAAGCCUUUCCCUGGAGCCGCAGCCGAGCGGGAAACAGCUUCUUCUGAUGACAACUUCCUGUUCAGUGACAACGUCUCUCUGGGAGAGUCCUUUAACAGCGCCGAGCGUGCGGAGGACGAGCUGUGGCGGAUACUGUUAGAGAUCGUGCUGUGUGUGAUGUGGCGCGGUGUCGGGGGUUCAGACGAUAACGCCUGGCUGGAGAGAGGGCAGGUGUUCUCUGCUCUGACCAAACUGGGCACUGCCAACGAACUGCUGCUGCCUGUUGACCACAUCAAGCUAAGUCUGUUAGAGCGAAUGUUAGAGUGGGCAGUGAAUGAUAACCGGGAGUCUACAACGGUCACUCUGCCCCAGCACACGGAGAAUGCUGUGCGUUUGCUGCACGUGGUGCAAGAUUUCCUUCAGGCUGAGGGUUUGGUGAACCCGGCGCUGUGGACAGAGAAGGUUCUUGAAGAAACGGUCACUCUGAUGGAUGGUCUGAUGGUGUGGUACACAUCCGGGUCACAGUGGCUGCAGCUCUCUCAGGUCGGACUCAGGCUGCUGCUCGGAUUCAUGGCGCAGCCCGACCCUCAGGUGUGUGCCAUGGCCACAGCUAAGCUGAAUGGGAUUCUGCAGACGAAGAGCAUAGACUCUCAGGAUGAAGCGUGUUUCCUGCUGGGCCGAGUGGAGGGCAUCCUCAGACGCUCCGUCAGCGAGCAGAAAGAAGAAACGUACUCGUUCCUCGUCCCUCUGCUGCGGACGCUUCUCUCCAAAGUGCAUAAACUCCUCUACAUGGAGCUCCACCUGCCCUCACUGCCCGACACCAACGGCAGCCCGUCUUUCUUCGAGGAUUUUCAGCUCUACUGCAACUCCCCCGAGUGGAGGGUCUACCUCGAUAAAUACAUAAUCCCGUACAUGAAGCAGUAUGAGAUCGAGACGUUCAGUCAGGGCCAUGAGAGCAUGGCUUUAUUCUGGAAGGACUGUUACGAAGCCUUCAUGAUCAACCUGCAUCGCAGAGAAAGAGAGAGGGGGGAGAGCAAGAUCCGCUUUCAGGAGCAGUUUGUGGAGCCGCUUUCCCGCCGCGGCCGACAGGAGAACCUGCGCUAUAACAGCAUGCUGAAACAGAUGCACACACAGAACAGCGCCAUCCUCAGGCAGUGGAAGGCAUCACGCAGGGGGCUCAUGUGUGAGAGAGGACCGUGGGUGGACAAGCAGCAGAAGGAAAUGUACUGGAAGUUGUCUAGUGCUGAGAAUUACUCUCGUAUGCGUCUGAAGCUGGUGAGGAACUAUAACUUUGACCCUCACAGAGAAGCCAGUGCUCUGCGGGACAACCUUGGUGUGCAGCACCAACAGAUAAACGCUGAGUCUUUGCUGUUGGAGGCAGUGAAGCAGGUGAAGGUCAGUGAUCUGGAGGAGGAAAUACUGGAUCUACUAGAAGAGGAACAGAGCGGGAGCACACAGGCGGAUGAUGAAGAUGCGAGUCAGAAGGAGAAGCUGGUGAUGUCAGAAGAUUGUGAGCUGGUCACUGUGGUGGACGUUUACCCCGGCCGUCUGGACAUCACCACACACCACAUCUACUUCUACGACAGCAGCACAGAAAAGGAAGAGGGUGUGGGGCAGGACUUUAAGUGGCCGCUGUCUCAGAUCAGAGAGAUUCACCUGCGCAGGUAUAACCUGCGGCGCUCUGCACUGGAGAUAUUCCUCAUAGACCAAACCAACUACUUCCUCAACUUUAAGAAGGAGGUGCGUAAUAAAGUGUACAGCCGGAUGCUGCUGCUUUGCUCUCUCUCUCUCCAUGGCACUCGCUCACCUCAGGAGCUGCUCAAAGCCUCCGGACUCACACAGAAAUGGGUGAACAGAGAGAUCUCUAACUUUGACUACCUGAUGCAGCUGAACACCAUCGCAGGGAGAACCUACAACGACCUGGCGCAGUACCCUGUGUUUCCCUGGAUCCUGUCUGAUUACAUCUCGGAGGAACUGGACCUGUCCGACCCACGGGUGUUCCGGGAUCUCUCCAAACCUGUAGCCGUCCUGAACGAAAAGAACGCCAAGGCAGUGAAAGAAAAGUAUGAUAGUUUUGAGGACCCUACAGGCACAAUAGACCGUUUCCACUACGGCACUCAUUACUCCAACGCCGCAGGAGUGAUGCACUACCUGAUCAGAGUGGAGCCCUUCACCUCGCUGCACAUACAGCUGCAGAGCGGCAGGUUUGAUUGUGCGGACAGACAGUUCCACUCCAUCCCCGCCACCUGGCAGACGCUGAUGGACAACCCCAAUGACGUUAAAGAGCUAAUACCAGAGUUCUUCUACUUCCCAGAGUUCCUUGAGAAUCAAAAUGCCUUUGACCUGGGUCGCCUGCAGAUAUCUAAAGAGCGUGUGAAUGAUGUGGUUUUGCCUAAAUGGGCCAAAUCUCCAGAGGAUUUCAUUUACAAGCAUCGCAAAGCCCUGGAAUCUGAGUAUGUUUCUGCGCAUCUGCACGAGUGGAUCGAUCUGAUCUUUGGUUAUAAGCAGAGAGGCCCAGCUGCUGUAGAGGCCCUCAACGUUUUUUAUUACUGCACAUAUGAAGGCGCUGUAGAUCUGGACGCCAUCACGGAUGAGAAGGAGAGGAAAGCUUUAGAGGGAAUGAUCAGCAACUUCGGCCAGACACCCUGCCAGCUGCUGAAGGAACCCCAUCCUGUGCGUCUGUCUCUGGAGGAGUUGGAGAAGAGGAAGUCUCGGCUGGAUUCCUGCCCCCUCAGCAUCUUUGAACACCUCACAGAACUCAAGUCGUUCUUUGUGGAGGGUAUCAGUGAUAACUGUGCCCUGGUAAAGGCUGUAGUUCCCAAGAACCAGUCCCACUCCUUCAUCUCCCAGGGCAGUCCGGAUACUCUGGUGACAGUGAGUCAGAAUUGUCUCAUAGGAACUCACGGCUGGCUGCCCUACGACAAAACCAUCUCCAACUACUUCACCUUCAUCAAAGACCCGACGGUGACCAGCCAGAAGACGCAGCGUUUUCUGGCCGGUCCUUUCUCUCCGGGAGUGGAGGUCUCGGCCAGGCUGUUUGUAGUUUCUCAUGAUGGAAAGCUCCUGUUUAGCGGAGGACACUGGGACAACAGCCUGAGAGUGACAUCACUGUUGAAGGGCAAAACUGUGGGACAGCACAUCCGCCACAUGGAUAUAAUAACUUGUCUGGCCACUGAUUACUGUGGGAUCCACCUGAUCUCGGGCUCCCGAGACACUACCUGCAUGGUGUGGCAGGUGCUGCAGCAGGGUGGAGCCCCAGUGGGUCUGAGCCCUAAGCCGCUACAGGUGCUGUAUGGACACACAGACGAGGUGGUCAGUGUGUGUAUCAGUACAGAGCUGGACAUGGCUGUUUCAGGAGCACGGGAUGGUACUGUGAUCAUACACACUGUGCGGAGAGGUCAGUACAUGCGCUCCUUGCGGCCCCCCUGUGAGAGCUCACUACCUGUGUCCAUCACACACCUGGCUGUGUCCUGGGAGGGGCAUGUGGUGGUGCACACCUGUGUGGAGGGAAAAGCCACACUGAAGGAUAAAAACGCGCUGCACCUGUACUCUGUGAAUGGGAAGCACCUGUGCAGUGACCCUCUGAAGGAGCAGGUGACAGACCUGUGUGUGUCGGGAGAGUACAUCGUCAUGGGCAGCGAGCAGGGCUUCCUGUCCAUCAGAGACUUAUACAGCCUGGCACUGUGCGUGUCUCCCAUGGCGAUGCGGGUGCCAAUCCGGUGUGUGUCGGUGACGAAGGAGCAGUCGCAUGUGCUGGUGGGGCUUCAGGACGGAAAACUGAUCGUGGUGGGGGUGGGGAAACCAGCGGAGAUGCGUUCUGGCCAGAUAACAAGGAAACUCUGGGGCUCCAGUAAACGCCUGACCCAGAUCUCGUCCGGAGAGACGGAGUACCCCACCCAAGAGCACCUUUGACCCUUGUCCCCUAGGCCCUACCCUCACUGCCCUUUCAAUCAUCACCAUCUCCCAAUCAGGGUGAAGCAGCAUGUGUGAUUGGAUGAGGCUCUCCUCUGCCUGCUGUCUGAGAAAGAAAGAAAAAGGACGCAGUGGUUUCUUGUCGUUAAAGAAACAGUUCAGCCAAAAAUGGAGUUUACAUGUUUUUCCUCCCUCUUUAGCCCGGAUUAGUCCAUCAGCCCACAUACAAAGACUCAUCUGGUGUCUGAAGUUCAGUUCUUUAGUUUUGCACUGGAGCUGCAGGGCUAAUGGCACUAACAUGUAACGGAAGCUGGUAACUGCAUCGGGUUGUUAGGGAAUCUCAAAUAGACGUAUUUGUGUGGUUUAUAGGACAGAGGUGCUCAAUCCCUGUCUUGGAGAUCCUGGAGAGUUCAGAUCCAACACAUCUGACAGGCUUCAUUACCUGGAUCAGGUGUGAUCGAUUAGGGUUGGAGCUAAAACAAAAUUGAGCACCGUUACUUGUUAGUCUUGUAGCUUCUGUGCAAAACUAAACAAGCAAACUCCACUGAACAUGGUUGACCACGUUUGGUGCAAAGGGAACCAUAUAAACUUCAUUUUGGACUGUCGCUUUAAGUGUAGGUGAGAUUAUCCUCUGUUUAAGUUUUUAUACAUGUUAAGUCUUAUUGUGUGUGUUUUGACCAGUGGUUGGUCCAGUGCGGGCGCUGUUGUCCAGCUACAUGUGUCAGAUUCUAAGACUUUACUACAUCCUUACAUCUAUUGCCUCAACGCUUGACCCCUUGAUGUCACUCGUUGACCCCCUCUCUCCCUUCUCCACUCAGCCACUCACUCCACAGAUCCAUCAUUAAAGCGAUAGUUUGAUGAAAAAUGACGUGCACCCCAUGCAAAUGUAGUUCAUCAGCUUGGACUGAAGUUUGCUUCUUUAGUUUUGCAGUGGAGCUGCAGGGCGACGGAGCAACAGGGGGGCAGUUUUUUGGACUGCUUUAUGCAAAUCAAUUAUUAAGUGGUGCAGUGACUCUAAACUUUAGGUUUAUAUUAUAAAUAAAAUGGUGAUACAUAUCGCUGUAGGUAAAAAAAAAAAAACCUGUGUCUCCAAAUUUGUAACUUUACAGCGGAAAAAACCGUGUACCUCCGUUUAUCCAUGUACAUCCAAUUAUCCUUUGCAUAGUAUUCAGUAUUCAUGAUGAACAGACCAACAGAAAUGGUUCAAAACUACUUGCUAAAAGAUCUUGUAACAUUAACUUCCAUCACAAGUUAAGAAUGUUUUUCCAUCUCCAGUAAAGUUACACGUUUUGUUCUGACAGCGAUAAUACAGAUUUUAGAUACAUAUAUUUUUACAUUUUCUGGUCAGAAUGUGGACCCUGUACAUGACAUGAGGAGUGGCCUUAAACGCCCCCCCGAGUGACAAACACAGAUAUUUCACACAUAUUUUAAGAAAAUUGUCAUACAGUGUCAGAAACCACAACGAGUUUAUCUGAGAUUUAAUGACUCAGUUUGAAUGAUGCUAAUUGGAGGGAUUUGAUCUUCCAGUAUUUGUUAGCAUUGCAGCUCCAGUGCAGAACAAAAAGGGCAUAUUUGGACAAACAUGUCUAAGCUGAUUCACCACGUUUGGGGUAACGGGGGAAACCAUGCACAUUUAAUUUUCACCAAGCUGUCGUUUAACACCACUGCGCACUAGUCACUACAGGAUCGGAGAGAGUGGGCAUGUGUUUCAAAUAUUCCAUCGCUUUAAUUUUCAGAGGCCUUCUUGUUUCUUUAGCCUUUCAUUUCUACACACGCAGAGAAAUGCAGAUUUUAUACUAUUCACAGAGAGAGACUCCGAAAUGCAGCAUUUACAGCAGCUCAAACUUUGACCAAGGCAGUGAGGAGCACACUGAGGCUAAAACAGUGUGUGUUUGUGUGUGUGUGCACGUUUUUGACUAACUGUUGAAUGUGUUUUUGAUUAUUACUUGAAUUCUAGAUUAUUUAUUUAAAUGAAGAUUAAUCGCUGAUUUUUAAUAUUGUGGAUAUGAUCACAGCCGCAGCGCUCGGUGUAGUUCUCUUCUGUUUGUAAAGCUUUGGGGAAACACUACAGCUCAUAUCAGAGGGGGAGGUUUUGAAGGGCUUCAUUAGUGCUAACUGUAAGCAAUAUAAUCCCCCUGCUAGCCACAAAUGCUAAUGGUACAUUCCACUUUCUAAUGCAGUGACUGACCAGUACCCUCCAGUCUUCCUGUGUUUUUGAAUAGGGAUCACACUACAGGGGCGGGAAUUCUGCCGCAAGGCAGGAAAACUACAAUGGCCAUCACAUCCAUACACUGACUGGCGAAAGUUUGGGGACGCUUAGCUUUUCAUUAGUGUAUCGUUUAUAGCGGAUUACCUGUGAUAUUGGUCUCACGCAACAACAUCGUGUUCAGUGCUAUUGAACACAUUGAAUAACAGUAUUAGCAUUAUAUCCAUGGUCACAUUCAGUUUCACAGUCCUGUUCCUGAAGCCACGGCGCUUCUCUUUGAUGCAGCGUUAAGAGAAUAAAAAAAAAAAAUACAAUUCAUAAAUAAAAAAAAUAAAAUAAAAUAACAAUCCAGUCAAAACAAGCUGUCAGAUUUGCUGUCAGUUCCACUCAGCACUACUUUAAUGGUUUUAUGAGCAUAUUUUCAUUAUUUGUUUACAAUAAUUUAUCAUAUUAAAGCUUAAGGAGAUUUAUUUACAGCCUAUUUAUCCCCUUGUUGUGAUGUCAGCGCUCCAAACUUUCAGGCGUUUAAACCACCGUUUGAAUUAAACACAUUUCGAUAUGUGAUUUUUACAAUAGUUUGGCUAAAAUAACUUCUAUUUAGAUAAAAUCUGCUCUUUAUACCAAAGAAUGUUGAAGAUAAUUAUAACCAAAUCGAUUAAUUUAUUUUAAGGCUAACUAAGCUAAAUUUGUGACUGUUUUCUAGCUAAUGCUAAAGCAUCGGCUUUGAAGCCCUGAAGGACAGAAUAUCUUUUAUUCGGAAAAAGCUACAAAGUAAUCAGGUCCAGAAAAUAUCAGUUAAGGCUGUGAUCAAAGACGCGACUUUUCUAGCUAAUGCUGAAGCUUUAGCUUUGACCCUCUGAAGGACAGCAUGUACAGAUCGCUGUUUUAUGCCAGUGAAACCUUUGCAGUUAAUUGUUUGUACUUAAGUGAAAAGUAACAUUUCCCCCCAGCACUAAUUUUUUAUUAUGGCUUUAUAGAAAUUACCAUAUUUUCUUUGUCUGGAGUUUUUAAACACUGUGUCCACUCACUGUCCACUCUAUUAGAUACUCCUACCUUGUCAGUCCACCUUGUAGAUGUAAAGUCAGAGACGAUAGCUCAUCUGCUGCUGCACAGUGUGUGUUGGUCAUCCUCUAGUCCUUCAUCAGUGGUCACAUGACGCUGCUGGCUGGAUGUUCUUGGUUGGUGGCCUAUUCUCAGUCCAGCAGUGACACUGAGCUGUUUUAAAAACCUCAGCAGCUCAAUGCAAAUGGACAGUGAGUGUGGAAACAAGGUGGUUUUAAUGUUGAUUAAUGUAUCAUAUUAAACAGGGUUAUUUAACAAGGAAAACAGUGUCACAUGUAAAUAUCAGGGACAAUAUCAGUGACAGAGCUACUCACAGCAUGAUGCCAGACUCUUUGUCAUGAUUUAAACCAUUAUUGUCAUUAUUUAGGUUGACUCCACUCUUCAUACCAAAAAAGACCUUCUGAAGAACAUGAAGCUGAGUGCUGAAGAUGAACAUACCCAAAGGAUUAUAUUUAGGGCUAAGGACUAGCUAAUGCUAAUGCUAAAGCCUCAGCUUGGAAGCUCUCACAGUCCUUUUCCACUGCCAUUCGAGGAUCAGUUAAGGCUCCUCUCUAAGAUGUGUUCGUAACUGUUUUCUAGCUGAAGCUCCACCCUCGAGCCUCUCGAGCACAGCGUGAAUAAAGAGCUGCUUUGCCGAAACUUUGCCAAUUUAUUUUUUUUCCAUACUUAAGUGAAAAGUAACAUUUAGACUGUUUUAAUUUCGUAAGAAAGUGACGUGUCCUCAAACUUGAUCAGGCGGUGUGUGAUGUGGGCUGUUGUUGGUAACUCGCUCCCCUUUUUCUUCUAGUUUUAAGCCAUUCGCCGUUUACUAUGCAGAGAAACUCCUCGGCCUUCAGAACUGUUACUGAUAGGAGUUUGAAUUCCUGCUCUUCCAUAUGCAGUUUAUCUUUUUGAACCGUCUGAAGGUGUGUGUGUGUGUGUGUGUGUGUGUGUAAAUCAUGGGAUCAUGAAUGUGUGUCUGCUAAGCAGAAAUGACUUUUCUGUUUGGAUUGUGUUUCUUUAUUUUCUUUCGCGCCAUCUGAGUGAAGGCUUUUCAGUGAUUUGCUGAGGAAUUGAGCUUUAUCGUUCUUAGUCGUGUUGGAUUUGUUCUUCACCGAUAUCAAGCUAAUCCUUAAUGAUGCCAAAUUCUCGAUCAGGACUGAUGUGUGCUUCCUGUGCUGUAGGUAAACAUGGUGCUUACUUUGGGUCACGAUGUAAAGAGAAAGCCAGAGGGAUUAGGGCUGGGUAUGCUGUGGAGAUGUUAUUGUUGUUGUUUUUAUCAUUGUUUUUUUUACUGUCUUAAAGUGCUCGCUAUCCCUGCCUUUGGAUUAUAUGAAAUACUAAGAGACCAGUAUAAACGUUUAGACACUUUUUGUCAGCCCAUUAUUUAGGAUGCCUUUAGGAAUGUUGCCCCGCCCCCCUCUGCUAGAGAACUUCCAAACGCUUGUUUGUUUAUUUGUUAGUUUUUUUUCUCCCUCAAAAAUCCUCUAAAGACAGAAAUGGAGUGCCUUUUUUAAUUCCCACACUUCCUCGCAUGACUAGGUUGUUCAGACCGUAGUAGGAUUUUGACCCUUCUCCUCCGGACAGCAGCAUUCCACAGAGCAAGACUGUAUGGGAACCAAAAAUCGAGGAAAAAUGAACACAACAAAUCAAAAUCAAACCAUAUCAGACCUGUGACUUAGCUGCUUUAACUCUGUCACCAAUGGUUGUGUGUGUGUGUAUAUCUGUGCUUAUUUAUAAAUACAGUAUAAAAUGUACAGCAUGAUUUUUAUUUCUGUCUGAAUUGUAUUUUUUUGCACUUUCCAGGUACGACAAAUUGUAAGAGAUUGUUUUAAAUGUCUUCUUGAUCUGUACAGACAAACUGCUUUGUAUACACACUUGGAAAAUGAUCAUUAAAGUUGUGUUGGAAAUCA